AUGGUCGCGUCCACGUUCUCACCCAUCUCGCGCCCGAUCACCCCCCCGAUCACGCGCGCGCGCGCAACGCGUGCCCGCGCCCGCGCCAGACCGAACGCCGGUCGCUUGGUCGGUGAAUCUUGGGUCGAGAUGUCCGACGCGAGCUCGGCGAUCGAAGACGGACGCGAACUCUUCGCCGCCGGUGAGCACGAGCGAGCGCUCGCGGCGUUCGAGCGAGCGCUCACGCUCUCCGGAAGCGGCACGCGGAGAGACCGAUCGAAGCCGGCGGAGCUGUCGCUCGGUGAACGGCAGGCGGCGUUGUAUAACAUUGCGAGCGCGCGGUGCGCGAUUGGCGACGCGGAGAACGCGCUGUUGGCCAUCGAGGGUUGCUUCAAGGCUGGGUACGCGAAUCCGCGAGCGUACGGGGCGUCGAGGGCGAUCAACGAUUUAAACGCGAUGUGGUCCGACGACGAUUUAACGCUGGCGACGCGCACGGAGGAGUUCAAGGAGUUGGUGAAAAAGUACAAGGUGCAGCCGAGCGGCUUGGCGAUGCAGUUCGACUGGAGCGGAAGCGUCGUCGGGAGCGUCGUGAACGCCGUGAACGACAAGGUAUCGCCGAAACGGUGA